GUUAAUAAAGGCCCCACCAUUUUCAAAACUUCCAUAGUUUUCAUGUCUAUCUUGUAAAUAGCGAUCCCACAUCGCAAAAAAAUAUGUAGCGUGCCCCCGCCCCCAAAACCCCCUUUUGCUCCGCAAGCAUGAGAUUAGGCGAUGACGUCAUCGGCAGAACACAGCAUGCAGAGCACAGAAGCGCACAUGGAAUUGUGCACACGCUCGUACACGUACACGUACACGCGUUCGUUCGUUUACAGUGCAUUCAACGAAAACAUGGCAGAACGGAGCAGUUCAUCGGAAUCGUCGUCGGACAGCGAAGUAGAUCGCGAUUUUUCCUACGAAUCGUAUUCCGAUGAUAACAGAGACGAGGCUGGGCAGAUAAUGCCGUAUAUGUACGAACCAGAGGUUGAAAGCGACGACGAUGAUGGUGAGCAUGAAAUUGCUGGUGUGGACUACGACAAUGAAGGACGGCUCAACAACAUCAACUGGUGUUCCUGCGGAGAGUGUCAAAUUAUGCCAGCUGUUCGAGAAUCUGUGUGCUGUAAGGAGAUCAACCAGGUUGUUCAGAAAAUGGACAACAUUGAAGUGGAUCUUAAUUGCAUCACAGAACAUCCAGGAUUCUACUCUGUUUGUCUAGAUCAGUGGGUACUGGAAACUGCAUACUUCCAGUAUCGCCAGCAGUAUGGCCAAGGACGACACAAUGCAACUGAAAACCAGAAAAACCGACACACAGCAUAUCGCCAGAUGGCCAGAUGGUGCUGGGGCUUCCUAGGACAAAAUGUCAGAGUGCCCCUUCCUUCCUGUGCAGUCCACAAAAUCCGGGAAAAGUACCCUUCCAAUGAGUACAGAGGUUUUCAGGAGAUAUAGCUUAGAACCUCCGAGUCACGAAUGUACAUGCUAACUCCAUUGUUUAUUACAUUUCACAAAUACACAUAGUAACAGCUUCGACCAUUGACAUUUGACAAUCAGAUGCAGCACAGAUUGCUUAAGGACACUAGUUUUACUACACUGUGAGAUGAAGCAUCAAAUAUUAGUAUCAACAACACCCUAAUUCCACAUCCUGCUAGUGUAUACGUGUACAGUCCAAACAAUCUAGCUGACCAACUUCAAUCCAAGUCCAUGUCACAAGGAAGAUUCAGUGUAAACUGUACAUCCUCUUCACAUGUGAUUCUGAAAUUCUUGUAUUUUAGUCACCGUACAUGUACAUGCUAUCUUUACUUGUGUACCAGCAUGUGCAUGAUGUUUUUAAACACUUACUAGGUAUCACAUUCAUUGUGCGUUAUUAGUUUGCAAACAAUUAUUGUGGUUCAAUUAUUCACUUAAUUAACAUUUGAUAAUUUACAUGUAUUUGCAUUUCUUAGUCUGAAUAAUCCCUCACUGUCAAUGAUAUCAUACUUUGCAGGGUUUCCACAACAACUUUGGGGUUGUGUAUAUAUACAUGUAAUUGUGUACCGUUAUUAGAUAAAUGUUCACAAUAAACUUUGGUAAAUUUCACAUA